GGACCUCCACCUGCACACAUAGAGCGCAGGUUAUACCUGGCUGCUGACAAUGGAGAAGGAACGAAGAUUAUCAAAGCAGUACGGAUCCCUGGAAUCCACCGUGUGGAAAGCCGGCGAGCAAGCCACAGCUGAUGAUGUCAUAUCCAUGGCCGAUUCCACCACAACAGUGGAUGAUAUCGAAGAUGAGCUCUUUAAAAUUGAGAGGAUUCGGGAGAUUUUGGUCAGGAGGGAGUCUGAGCUGCGAUACAUGAUGGAUGAUUUUCAGUUGUGUCAAGAAAUUACGCGCCUCAAGAAAGAUCUUCAGAUUCUGGUCUCCAAACCCGAUAAGGACAAAACUCAGGAAGACCAAAAGAAAGAAGAGGAACUCUUACAGCGUAUCCACAAACUGGUGGAGACCCGAGAUUUCCUAGUAGAUGAUGUAGAGUUUGAGAGGUUACGGGAACGUGAGGAGGACAAAGAAAUGGCAGAAUUUCUACAGAGUAAACUUUCUAAAAGUUACCUGAAGAAAGCAGUUCGCAGGAAGGACAAGAUGGCUACAGUCACCUCGGGCUCCCAGCAAACCUCCAAUCCCUACGUCACGAAAACAGGGUUAACGCUCCUAAAAGAGUGCUGCGGGUUCACCUGCUCCAUCAUGUAA